UCAAGUGCGCAUCUUUCCUCCCAUUUCCUCCAUCCCCGUUCCCCCCCUCCGCGUAUGUGAUCUCGCACCUUUUCGAUCCUGCGUCCUUCCACUUCAACCUUCACCUUCGCGCGGCGAGGAGGAGAAUCCGGGUCCUCGCGCUCUCGCCGGUCGCGCUUUUGCAGUGCCGCGAGGAUGACGGAGUAGGACCGAGAGUUUCGCGCGAGAGAGAUAUUCAGUUUUGCCGCGAGGAGAGAUACAGGACGAGCAGUGAGAUUUCGCUUGCCGCGUGCGACUUGUGACAUGUUUCUAACGGGAAGGUCCUGACUGUGAGAGAGAUGGACCCUCGAACAGUCUUGCUAUUUCUAUUGUCGCUGGUAUGCGCUCUCGGCGCAUCCCCGUCGAUCUUCAAGAACGGUCGGGACGGUCCCGACUUGAUCCGACACACUCGCAGGAUCGGCUUAAACGAGUAUCUCGUCCCACCGCCUCUGCCAAAGUUUCCUCCCGGCAGGACCGCGAGGUUGGCUCCUCCGGCUGAGCAGCCGGGAUACUUCGCGAAGCUGAUGAGCUGGUUGAACCCUUUCAACUAUGUUUCUGCGUCACCGCCACCGCUGCCGCCGCCGCCACCGCCGCGUCUUGAAGCCCAUCCCCCGCAACCGAGGUACAUUCAACCUCCUCCUCCUCCUCCACCUCCACCACCAAUUUCCGGAUCAUCCGGUUAUGGCGACUCGUCGCCUCCGAUUUACGACAGGCCGCCUUUGCCGCCAAUCUUCAACAACCAUCCGCAAUAUCGCGCACCGAAGAACUGUAACCCUUGCAACAAAGUACCUUGGAUUCCUGUGAACGGUGAAGCGUCUCACCACUCUGCUGACGCGUCCUUCGUCUCACCACCGUCGCUGCCGCCACUUCAGCCGCCACCUUCAAGCGGAAGCUAUUUACCGCCCAGUAAUCCUAUAGUUCAUGACGCUUAUCACGCUGCCUCGCAAGAAAUCCGAGCUCCAGACCUUUCCUUUGCGUUGCCGUUACCUACCGCGGCACAGAACGUACCUUUGCUCAAUCCAUUACCGAAUCCGCAAUUGUAUCCCGGAGCGACGCCGCCGCUCUUCAAAGCGACGGAUUUCAAUUACAACCCACUCAUACAACCCACUCUGGGUGGAGUCCCAGAGUAUCUGAACGCACCACCGUUGUCUGGGAGCGACCCGCUUACGGGAAAUGGCAUUUUCCCGAGUGCAGUGGAGUCUGGUUCUAAUAAUGGACAUAUUGAGCCAUCCAUUUACCCGAAUAAUCCCUCGACCCAUUCGAAUCUAGGAGUCGUUCAUCAGGGCCUGGGAUACACUGGCAUCGGCGUGAGCAACAGUGGAUUGGAACAUCCGCACGUUCAGUAUCACGGCGGGCACGGCGACUUGUCCUCCAGCGGCACUCAAGUGUCUCACGGUCACGCGGAUCCUGUCUUGGGUGCGCAAGGAUUCGAGAAUACCGCGACUCAUCAUCAAGGCUCGCUCGACGUCGUGAGUCAUCAAGCUUCCUUCGGCAGUUCCGCUGUUGCAGAUCAUCAGUCCUUGGGAGCGCUCAAUAAUGGAGGAUUUCAUAUCGCUGGAUCGAACGUGUUGGAACCUGAUGGUUUUCUCGACAAUUCCAGCCAGAUCGCCCCGAAUCUCCCAAGCAGCUACGGUAUUUCCGGUCUCGAUCGGCCAUCGGACAAUUACCAGCAUCAGUACAACGACUUGUUCUCCAGCGGCAGCGUCGUUACGGAUUCCCACGCGCCUUCGCGCGCCACAGACGGAUCUCCCGCGAAGAUUGAAGAUCCAAUACAUUUUGAAGAGUCACCGUUGCUAGAUCUCACGCACAAAGGUGAAAGUCGGACGCACUCGUCCUCGAUACCACCGACCUCUAACGCGCUCACGGAUUUGAACGAGAGUGUCGAGACAGGCGGCGCGACGACCUUGGCGCCCGGCGUCGAGCACUUCAGGACUCAUUCAGGCAUUCCCGCCUUGACGGAGUCGCGCUUCCCCGCGGAUGACGUGCUGAAGACGUUCGAGUCCUUGGAGUCGCUUGAGAAAUCGAAUGCGAUCGACGACAGCGCGAGCUCUCAGCUCGUCAACGACGCUCAUCGUAGUCCCGCGGAUCCUCAAGAACAGAAAGUCUCCUACUUUCAGUCGCUCACACACAACCUGGCGGGAUACUUCCGGCCAGAUGUCACGUCGACGACCACGAGGAGCACGGAGAGAGGGUCGCUUUGGGACUCUCUGGUGAAUGUUUACGACAAUGUGCCUGAACACCAGAUCGACCAGUCGGGUGAAAAUGUCGAUGUCGACUUGGAGGACACGAACCUGCACACCAGUUCACAGAGUCCGAAGAGGAAUAAAAAGGUGCAGGUGAUCAUACCCUACACGUCGAAGCACACGCCGGUUCCGUUCCAACCGGUGCGCGACCAGAAUUACGGGCGAAAGGCCUUACCUACGGGUGAUGCCUCCGAUCGUGAUAAUUACAUCAAUGAAGAGUCACGGAAGAAGAUUAAAGUGUCAGCUCUUCCGGACUCCUCCCACAGCUUGCAGACUUGGCCUGUCACUGUAGCGAUAUCGGAAGAGGUCACCGGUAAACCGGCCGGGAUCAAGGUGAACAAUUCCAUAGACGUGCACAGAUUGCAGAAGAACAUCGACAAUUGGACGAUACAGGAAUAUUCAAAAGGCACUACCGCCACUACAGCGUCACCCAGUUCAGCCAAACCGUAUCUCUUCCCUUCGAAGCAGAUUCCCGACAAGUACCUGACGACUAUCGAGCCUGUCGAUGUCCAUGUGGACAAUUUUCGCGACGAGAGCGUCAAAACAUUCACAUUGGGUGGAUUCAGUUUCAAUGACCAAGAACGCGAAGGUUCAUCCAGCAACCACGUAGAAGGACCUCGAAUACAAGUGGUAACAGGAGACAAGGAUCAGUCCAAGGUUUCUACCGAGGGCUCCGUCGACAUCGUCACCGCGCGUUCGGCGAACGACUUCGCAUGGCAAGAUUUCCCCAUGGACAUUUCUCCAGUGAGCAAGGAACGAGUCUACGUGGUGACGCCGCAGCCUAUCCUGACUACUUCCAGUGCAACGACAAAGGGGGCGGAGAGGAACUCGAUAGAAUUGACCGAAGCUUCGAAAGUGGACAUUAAGGAGAGUCAGAAGGAGACCGACCCGUUCGAGUCGAUCGAGAAGGCCUACCAAGUGCUGCCUCAGGCUGUAAAUAACUUGGCGGUGGCUUCCACCGGUCCCGACAGUGUUCCUCUCUGGGGCAUCAUGGAGCACGAGGACUUCGGAUCGCUCAACGAUAGCGGGCACGAAGAUCACGAAGACAGCGAACCUGAGGGCCUUGUGCUGUACGAUGGACACUCGAAGGUGUCGCGUGCCAAGCGAUGACGCAUUCACGUGGAGAAUGCUUAAGACAAUUGGUUGUGCAUGUGUAGACAGUGCCUGACAGUGUGUGCUUUAACGCGGACGACAAGCGACUGUGAACAAUCGGUUGAAAGCGCAGCCUCCCGACCGCGUUUUCACGAACCUCUUCGAUCUGACGGCGCCUUCAUGUAAAAACGGGUGCUUCGAUCCUACGUAAGUGCGCAAGUGAUUAUCGUGGCCAGUGCAGCGGAUCCAUGUAUCUCGUAAUCCGGACGAGUGUAUUUUUGUAAGUUUCUGUUAUAAGUAACCCCGCACAAUAAAUCCCAGUCGAUUUUACUCGCAGGGUAAAAUCGCAAGUACCGUUGCUCUCAUCCUCUUUCUUCCUCUUUGCAUCUCAGCUUUAGAAAAUCGUUUUCGCCUCGCAGUCUGGUCGCGUUCACCUGUCCACCUUAAUCCGCUUUUCACGCAUUCGCUGGCCACGCUCGAACGUCACUUUCGCCGAUUUCGCAAAGCUGGCCGUUCGUCAAGAAGUGUCACGACUAUUCGCGCACCGUUGCAUCUAAAUAUACGCGUUCGUGUUAUGCAUACAUGCAUAUCGCGCGCGACUCGGCCGAUUGUACGGUGAAAGGAGACUCUGGAUCCCGAAUUUUGAGCACCUCCUUCGGCGUCGUUCGUUCUAAUGCAAAAUCGUAUGGCAGAGAAAGAGAGACUCGAUUCCGUCGUACGAUAUUCGACAAAAGCACUUUGCAUGUGUAUACGUCGUUCUUCUCUUAGUCUCUGAUUUUCUUGGACGCGAAGAGAAUAGAAAUGGCGUCUUUGCGCUUUGCUUCCCAAGUCAGCGCGCGCAUGUCAGGGGAGAAAAUCGGACGUUAUCGCGUUCAGAGAGAUCAUAGAUUUAAUGAGCGAGAAGUCGCGAGAGUCAGAUGAAUGUAACAGCGCUGAUCGUGGCUCGAUGCAACAUUAUCUACAUUUCAUUGACCUUCGAACUUCCUUUCCGGGUCUCUUCAAGGAGAUCACACGUUGCCUGUCACAGCGAGACGUGGGAACUGCCGCCGGAAGCAGGUGGGAAAAGAGGUGUUCCAUUGUCUGAACGACGUAUCGUCGCGGAUACACUCUAGCCGCCGACAACGUCGCGCGAGUCGACUAGGCGCUGUAAUUAGAUCCACUUCUGCGGUAAAUGGCAUCGAACAAGGACACGACCUUAAUUGCGAGCGUGCCGCGAGGAUAGAAGUUUUAACACGCCGACCGUAAUAGAGGCAUGUAAGAAUUUUUAAUUCCCUUUCACGCGCUUCACGUGAAAUCGAGAAUCGCACUAGUUAGGAAAUGCAGCCCUCCUCCGCGAUUGUCAAGUCAGCUCAUAGUCGCGCUUUCGAACACAAUGUUCUGCAACUCCCCCGCAACACGCGUAAAUAAAUAUAAUUUAUUUAAAGAGACGUACAAUUAUUUGGAGCGCCGGUUUAUAAUCAUGUCAACGAUCUCGAUUUCCGUCGCGCGGAGCACGUCCGAAUCACCAUCUCCGUUAGCCACAUAGUCACCGUGAUGGCGGUCACGCAAUUGAUCAGAAUAAUACAGGUUGAGUAGCUCCCGGUACUAUCCCGUAUUACACCUGCAACAAGUCAGUUCUUCGUUUUAAUAUUCGUUCAUUCGUGUUAACGGUGCGCGUGUGCAUUCAUUCGCAAAACAACUUGAAUACAUUCUUUCGCAUCAAAUGAUCACAGUUGCGAGCCACUAUUCAUGAGUCUGCGCGCUAAUUUGCCAUGAUUGAAAUGACGGAAAUGAGACACCCGACAUCAUAACUACAGUGGAAAAUUCAGGCAAGACGCAAGUACCUCCAUUAUAUUCUUAUAUAUUAGAUAAGAAUAUAUAAUAGGAGGCUGAUAUUUAUGCUCUAUUGUCACUUUGAUUGCUGUCACAAUUUAUGACACAAAUUUUUAAACAAGUGGUUUGCAAUUACGGCUACUUAACGCAAUGCUAGCUUGAAAAGAAAAUGUGUGAAUAUUGUUUCGCAAAAGAAUAUACGUCACACAAAUCACAUAUGAAAUAAAAGGCGACAUUGUUGAAAGAAAUUGACACGCGAAGGGAAAGCGGACGAAUAAUCUUAUACCGAUUAAGGGGCCGAAGCAUGUGAGUAUCAAUCCAUUGACCAUCAUCUGAAUACCCGAGGCGCUGGGUAAUUUUGCAAUGGGCACGUGAUUAGGAAUCACCAGGACCAUGUAAACCGAUCGAAUUCCUUUCGCCAUUCCCAAUCCGACAGCCACGAUCAACACUCCGAUAAAGCUGUUCACGAAGAGCAACGCUGCGCCGGAAAACAAGCAAGAAUACAAUCAUAAAUUCGCUGUUUCUUUUCUUCCUUUUUACACGUCUGUCUCUUUCUUCUUUCUCUCUUUUUAAGUUAAUAUUCAACAAGGAGAUAUCGUCAGUAUACGUUACAGGUUCGGCUAAUUAUCAGAAGGCACAGGCUGAACAGGUACAUCACUCUGGCCGGCUGAUGCAGCCACUCCUCCAGGAAAGGAGACGCACCUCUGUUAAUGAGAUCGGCCAUCGCGAUGAGGCUCAUGGCGCUAGCGAUUUCUGACGUUGUCAUGUUCAUGUCAGCGAGAAUGAACGGCGUCAGUAGCGAGAAGUUCGCUUCCGCGAAAAUCGCCACCGACAUACCAAGCAUCAUGUUCACGUAGAUCGGAUCGCGCAACAGAUCGAGAUCGUACAUGGAGGCGAACCAUUGCAGGAAUCGCCGGAUGGCGGAUUUACUCUCGCUACUGCAACGUAAUCAUGCGUUGUAUUAAAAAUAAAAAUCAGUAAAUAAAAACGAUAUUUUUA